AUGUCAAUUCCAGGUCUAGGGCAGAUACCCUCAAAGCCCACAACAGCCGCGAUCCGCAAACAUGUCCUCCAGCCGCUAUGGGAGUGGCGCUUCGAGGUCUCGCACGGCUCCUCCAUCACCGUGCGCCUCGUCUCCGGCACCGCGGAGCGCGACGGCACCGAGCUGGCCCUCAACGUCCCCUACCGCUUCACCGGCGCCAAGUCGAAGCUGCUGACGUGGCGCGGCGCCGAGAUCGAGGUCGAGGGCGACGACUGCGACGAGUACGUCGCCGAGCACACGCCCGCCGAGACGCCGAUGACGAGCUACCUCAACCUGCACUUCCUGCUGCAGAGCCAGCGGGGCCAGGCGCGGGUCUCGGGCGCCCACCAGGGCCCGCGCGUGCUGGUGUGCGGCCCGGCGACGAGCGGCAAGACCAGCCUCGUGCGCAUGCUCACCGCGCUGGCGACCCGCGUGGGCGAGCACCCGAUGGCGGUGAACACGGAUCCCAGCGAGGGCAUGCUGUCGCUGCCGGGGACGCUCAGCGCGGGCGUGUUUGCUACGAUCAUGGACAUUGAGGGCGAGGGCGGCGGCUGGGGAGGCGCGCCGAGCAGCGGACCUGCCGCUGUGCCGGUGAAGCUGCCGGUUGUGUUCUGCUACGGGCGAGAAAAGAUUGAGGAGGACGUGUCCCUAUACAAGAGCUUGAUAUCGCGGCUUGCAGGCGCUGCCACCGCGCGCAUGGCGGAGGACCCAGCCGUUCGCAGCGCAGGAAUGAUCAUUGAUACACCGGGUGUCAACAUGAGCGGCAAGAGCGGCCCGGAGGUGCUGGCGCACAUCGUGGAGGAGUUCUCGGUCAAUAUUGUCAUUGUGCUUGGCUCUGCGCGGAUGAAUGCUGAGCUUCUGCGGCGGUUUGGCAAAGAAAAGACCAGUCUCGGUGAGCCCAUCAGCGUAGUGAUGCUGGACAAGUCUGAGGGGGUGGUGGAGAGGGACGAGCUGUUCAUGCAGCUGUUGCAAGAGGCUGCUGUCAAGGAGUACUUCUUCGGAGACGCCAAGAGGACUCUCAGUCCGUUCACACAGCAGGUUGAUUUUGACGGUGUUUUCAUAUACAAGGCGCCGGAGCCCAAUGCGUAUCUCUCCGAGGAUGAGACCCUGGAGCGGGUUGAUCCUUCGCCUUCCAUGCAACAUUGGACUCUAGCUGUCAUGAAUGCUUCUGUCCACGACCCUCCGGAGGUUAUACAGUCGGCGACCGUCAUGGGAUUUGUCUAUGUGGCGGAUGUGGAUAAGGACAGGAGGAAAUUGAAAGUGCUCGCUCCUGUUAGUGCGAGGUUGGGCGAUCGGCCACUACUAUGGGGCAGGUGGCCAGAGCCGUACAUUAACCUAUUGGGUUAG